GCCUGCUCCUCAUCAUGGAUCCCGGGACUAACAGACUUGCUGGGAUUAUCGCUCAGGUCGCCCUGCUUCUCUCCAACUCGUACGGGACAACCGGAGAAGAGGUGUGUGACAGCGCACUGGUGUCCAACCUGCCGCCAUCGUCCUUCAGGAGCUCGUCCCAGCUGUCCAGCAGUCACGCGCCAGGCUUCGCCAAACUCAACAGGAGAGACGGCGCUGGAGGCUGGUCUCCUCAGACCUCAGACAGGUACCAGUGGCUGGAGGUGGACCUGGGCCAGCGGACCACCAUCGCCGCUGUCGCUACGCAGGGCCGCUACGGCAGCUCUGAUUGGCUGUCGUCAUACCUUCUAAUGUUCAGCGACACGGGACACAACUGGAAGCAGUACAGACAGGAGGACAGCAUAGGGUCUUUUCCAGGGAACAGUAAUGCAGACAGCGUGGUUCAGUACAAACUGCAGCAGCCGGCGAUUGCUCGCUUCCUCCGCCUCAUUCCUUUGGAGUGGAACCCCAGCGGGAGGAUUGGACUCCGGCUGGAGACCUACGGAUGUCCUUAUACCUCUGACGUGGUGAGCCUGGACGGCAGCAGCAGUGGUCUGGUGUACCGGCUGAGCCCCGGGUCGAAGCGGGCGUCCAGAGAGGCCGUCUCUCUGAAGUUUAAAACCCUUAGGAAUUCUGGGACACUGCUGCACGCAGAAGGAGAGGGACCACUCAGCUUAAGUCUGGAGUUAGAGAGAGGAAAGCUACUGCUCCUGCUUAGACAAGGUAGGACUUCAUCCCCUGAACCACGGCUCCUGGCUUCCCUCGGCAGCCUGUUAGAUGAUCAGCAUUGGCACCAUGUAGCGUUGGAGCGGCAACGCUCUCACCUCAACCUUACUGUGGACAAACACACGGAGAAGGUUCAGAUGCCUGCCGAGUUCAGCCACUGGGACAUCCAGCAGCUGAGUGUCGGGGCAGUCCAGAUCUCUCAGAAACCAGAGGUCUCCAAGAGGAACUUCCAUGGCUGCCUUGAAAACCUGCUGUUCAAUGAACUCAACCUGAUUGGAUUAGCUAAACACAAUGACCACCAUGUUACUCUAGUGGGCAACGUGACCUUUUUGUGUGCUGAGUCGCUUUCUGUCGCCGCGACGUUCCCCGGCCCCCACAGCUUCCUCCAGUUGCCAGUGCCGGAGACGUCCUCAUACGGGGGUGUGUCCGUUGGGUUCCAGUUCAGGACGUGGAACAAGGCGGGGCUUCUGCUCACCUUUGAGCUGCCUCAGGAAGGGGGCGUGGUCUGGCUGUACCUGAGUGACGCCAGAAUGCGGCUACAGAUCCAUAAGGCUGGCAGGGCGUUGCUGGAGCUCACUGCAGGUUCUGCCCUGAAUGACGGUCAGUGGCAUGCGGUGGAGCUGAACUCCAGACAAGGUCGUCUGAUCAUCACUGUGGAUAGAGAAGAAGGAGGCAGCGCACAAGCCAGCCCCUCAUUUUCUGUCACCAUAGGAAGUCAACUCUUCUUUGGUGGCUGUCCCACUGAAGAUGACAGGAAGGAAUGCAGAAACCCCUUCAAUGUCUUCCAGGGCUGCAUGCGUCUAAUAACUCUGGAUAACCAAAACGUGAACCUGAUCAUGGUGCAGCAGAAGCAGCUGGGAGUCUACAGCAACCUGCAGAUUGACAUGUGUGGAAUAAUUGACAGGUGUUCUCCCAGUCGUUGUGAACAUGGCAGCCGCUGCAGUCAGUCCUGGACCAGCUUCCACUGUAACUGCUCUGAGAGCGGCUACAGCGGAGCCAUCUGCCACAGCUCUGUGUACCAACAGUCCUGCGAGGCCUACAAGCACAACGGCAACACGUCGGGACAUUUUUUUAUCGACGUGGACGGCAGCGGACCAAUCAAACCGCAGCUGGUCUACUGCAAUAUGACAGAGGAGAACACAUGGAUGGUGAUCCAGCACAACAACACAGAGCUGACUAGAGUCCGGCCGUCUCCAGGUGUAAACCACCAUUCCGUCCAGUUUGACUACUCAACGGACGAGGAGCAGCUAUUAGCUGCCAUCAGUCAGUCGGAGCACUGUGAACAGGAGCUGUCCUAUCACUGCAGGAAGUCCCGCCUCCUCAACACUCCAGAGGGCUCUCCGUUCAGCUGGUGGCUCGGGGGUCCCGGUCCCGGUCGUGUGCAGACUUAUUGGGGCGGAGCUCAUCCAGGCAGCCAGCAGUGUGUCUGCGGCCUGCAGGGCGACUGUGUGGACCCACAACACUACUGCAACUGUGACGCCGACCGCAUGGACUGGGCUGAAGACUCAGGCCUGCUUGUCCAUAAGGAAAGCCUCCCUGUCAGGUCUCUGGUGCUGGGUGACAUCCAGAGGCCCGGGUCAGAUGCCGCCUACAGGGUGGGCCCGCUCCGUUGUCAUGGAGACAAGAACUUGUGGAACGCUGCGUUCUUCGACAAGGAGACGUCGUACCUCCACUUCCCCACUUUCCACGGAGAGCUGAGUGCAGAUAUCUCCUUCUUGUUUAAAACCACGGCCUCGUACGGCGUGUUCCUGGAAAACCUGGGCAUCAAAGAUUUCAUCCGGAUCGAACUAAGCUCCUCCACUCAGGUGCUUUUCUCCUUGGAUGUGGGUAACGGGCCGCUGGAGGUUCGCGUGGAGUCGAAAGUGCCGCUGAAUGACAACCGGUGGCAUCAAGUCCGAGCCGAGCGGAACGUCAAGGAAGCGUCGCUUCGAUUGGAUGAACUUCCUGUCGCCACACAGGAGGCUCCUGCUGACGGGCACAUCCACCUGCAGCUCAACAGCCAGCUGUUCAUAGGAGGCACAGCGUCCAGGCAGAAGGGAUUUCGGGGAUGUAUUCGCUCCCUGCAGAUGAACGGCGUCACCCUGGACCUGGAGGAGAGGGCCAAGAUCACACCCGGGGUUCGAGCCGGCUGCCCGGGUCACUGCAGCAGCUACGGCUCGCUCUGCCAGAACCAGGGCCGCUGUGUGGAGAGAGCCAACGGCUUCCACUGUGACUGCAGCCUGUCAGCAUACACCGGAGUCUUCUGCCAUACAGAGGUGUCGGCCAGCUUCAAGUCGGAGACGUCCGUCAGCUACACCUUCAAGGAGCCGUACGAGUUGAGCAGGAACAGCAGCUCUCUGCCGUCCUCCAUCUACUCUGACAUGACGCUGAGAGGAGAGAACGUCUCGCUGAGCUUCAGGACCAAUCAGAGUCCGGCUCUGCUGCUCUACGUCAGCUCCUACUACAGAGAGUACCUGGCCCUGCUCGUCAACAAGCACGAUAAACUGGAGGUGAGAUACAAGCUGGACAACAGCAGAGACGCUCAAGUGUUGAGGAGCAGAGUGAAGAGCCUGGCCAAUGGACAACUACACACUGUUACCAUCAGGAGACUAACAGACUCUGUGUCUGUGCAGAUCGACCAAAACCCCAGAGAAGACUUCAACCUGACAUCUGACGGAGAAUUCAACGCCAUCAAGUCGCUGGUGUUGGGCAGAGUGCACGGGUCUGAUGAUUUGGAGCCAGACAUGGCCAGGUUGGCGUCUCUCGGUUUCACCGGUUGUCUCUCAGUGGUCCACUUUAACUCCCUAAGCCCUCUGAAAGCUGCUCUGCUCCACCCAGACACCAGCCCUGUCAUCAUCACUGGACCUUUAGUCCAGUCCAAUUGCGGUUCCUCAGCGUCAGCCAAUCCCUACGCAGCAGAGAACACACACCACCUGUCAGAUCAGUCGGGUUCAGUGGGUUCAGGUCAACCUUUAGUCAAUGCUAUCAGGACUGACUCGGCUCUGAUUGGAGGUGUCAUAGCAGUUGUGAUCUUUGUGAUUGUGACCGGCCUGGCGAUAACUGCCAGAUUCCUCUACCGGAGAAAAGAGACAUAUCGAAACCAGGAAGUGAAGGAAGUCAAACAGGAAGACAGCCCGGAUUUCCCUUUCAACAACCAGACUGACUCCCAAAACGUCUCCACUGAAACCCCAAAAGAGUAUUUCAUUUAACUGGAGGCCUGAUGAGCUGAUGAACAGGCAGGGGAGUCCUUCUACGCCUCCGGACUACACACUGCACUCAGAGAAUUUGAUGGCAGAAGUGGCUCUACAGCAUGUUGAAGCAAAAAAAGAACAAUUCACACAGUGUUGUCUUUCCAUUGCUUUACUGUAAAUUGUGAAUAUACUAAUACAAAUGGGCAGAAGUGUUGGACUUAUGAGGUGUUUGAUAUCCUUGUUUCAAGUGUAAGUAUUUAAAAAAUGUAAAUGUUGAUUUAUUGUCUUUGUAACAAUCCUUGGAUAACGUCACUUUGAUAUUUUGAAAUGUGGAAAAUCAUGGAGGUGUAAGUAUUUCAUGGUGUGUGGGUAGGAAAUAUGUGAAACUAUGCCCUAUCGUGGUUGGGUUUUCCUUAAAAAAGAUGGGUUUCUUGAGAGAACUUGAAAUUGGCAGUACUGUAUGUUUACCCUGGAAGUUGAGUCACCAUGCCUUUGGUUGUGAUUAUGAUCGUGACGAUGAUUCGCCCACUUUUUACAAGGUCACCUACUAAUUGUGCAGGGAUAUGUUACGAUACCUUCAACCGCCAGCUAUUGAUAUUUUUACCAUCCCUCCCUCUUCCAAUUUUUAAUCCCUCUCUUUGAAGGUUUAAGCUCUCACUGUGUAAGAUCUUUGGUGGGUAAAUAACUAGUGAAGAUUAAAAUAAAUGAACUUUGGUGAAGAAUUCUUUUCUCACCAUAUUACAAAGAUUCCAAAUACAUGAGCUUAGUCAUGGACCUACUGAGCUUAUAAUCAGUGUUUUUCUAAUAAUGUAUCAAAUGACAAAGUAAAAACAUUGGCCCUCAUUUAUCAACUAACGUAGAAACCAGCGCAGAUAUAUGCGCAGAAAUCCUCUUACAACAGGCUUUACGUGGGAUUCAUGAAACGUUCUUAUUAAACCAAUCAGAGCGUAAGUACACUGAUAAAUGCAGUGGCUGGAAACGAUCGUAAUUUAAAUAUUAUGCCCCAAUAUUUUCUCGGUUUUGAGGCCUUGCCCCCUACAAUUUAUGACAUGGCCAGACGUAAUCCGUCUAAGAAGCAGCACUUUUCAGAGGUGGAGAUUAUAUUGCAAUAUCUUAGGGCUACAUGU